ACGACAGCGGCGCCCCGGUUUACGGCACCGGCAGCUGCGCGCGCAAGGUUCUCUCCUUUCUCGGUUUCUCCGAGCGCGGGGACUGUUGCUGUGUCCGGCCCGGAUCAUCUGUCACCAUCCGGGCCGGUGGAGGCCGUUGCAGGUCUUAGAAGAUGGCGAAGUUCAUGACGCCGGUGAUCCAGGACAACCCCUCGGGCUGGGGUCCCUGUGCUGUGCCUGAGCAAUUUCGGGACAUGCCCUACCAGCCCUUCAGCAAGGGGGACCGGCUUGGAAAGGUCGCGGACUGGACAGGGGCCACCUACCAAGACAAGCGGUACACGAAUAAGUACUCGUCUCAGUUUGGGGGUGGCAGUCAGUAUGCCUACUUCCACGAGGAAGACGAGACCAGCUUCCAGCUGGUGGACACGGCGCGCACGCAGAAGACUGCCUACCAGCGGAACCGGAUGCGCUUUGCACAGCGGAACCUCCGCAGAGACAAGGAUCGGCGGAACAUGCUGCAGUUCAACCUGCAGACCCUGCCUAAGAGCGCCAAGCAGAAAGAGAGAGAACGAAUACGGCUGCAGAAGAAGUUCCAGAAGCAAUUUGGAGUGAGACAGAAAUGGGACCAAAAAUCACAGAAACCCCGGGACUCCUCGGUGGAAGUCCGCAGUGACUGGGAAGUGAAGGAGGAGAUGGACUUCCCUCAGUUGAUGAAGAUGCGCUACUUGGAAGUGUCCGAGCCACAGGACAUCGAGUGUUGCGGGGCCCUGGAGUACUACGACAAAGCCUUCGACCGUAUCACCACGCGGAGCGAGAAGCCACUGCGCAGCAUCAAGCGCAUCUUCCACACCGUCACCACCACAGAUGACCCUGUCAUCCGCAAGCUGGCAAAAACCCAGGGGAACGUGUUCGCCACAGAUGCCAUCCUGGCCACACUCAUGAGCUGCACCCGCUCUGUGUACUCCUGGGACAUUGUGGUCCAGCGAGUCGGCUCCAAGCUCUUCUUUGACAAGCGGGACAACUCGGACUUCGACCUGCUGACCGUGAGCGAAACAGCCAACGAGCCACCUCAGGAUGAAGGAAACUCCUUCAACUCGCCCCGCAACCUGGCCAUGGAAGCUACUUACAUCAACCACAACUUCUCCCAGCAGUGCCUGCGGAUGGGGAAGGAGAGAUACAACUUCCCCAACCCGAACCCGUUUGUGGAGGACGACAUGGACAAGAAUGAGAUCGCUUCCGUGGCUUACCGCUACCGCAGGUGGAAGCUUGGAGACGACAUUGACCUUAUCGUCCGGUGUGAGCACGAUGGUGUCAUGACGGGAGCCAAUGGGGAGGUGUCCUUCAUCAACAUCAAGACACUCAACGAGUGGGAUUCCAGGCAUUGCAAUGGCGUUGACUGGCGUCAGAAGCUGGACUCCCAGCGUGGGGCUGUCAUUGCCACCGAGCUGAAAAACAACAGCUACAAGUUGGCGCGGUGGACCUGCUGCGCCCUGCUGGCAGGCUCCGAGUACCUCAAGCUUGGCUACGUGUCCCGCUACCACGUGAAGGACUCCUCACGCCACGUCAUCCUGGGCACACAGCAGUUCAAGCCCAACGAGUUCGCCAGCCAGAUCAACCUGAGCGUGGAGAACGCCUGGGGCAUCCUGCGCUGCGUCAUCGACAUCUGCAUGAAGCUGGAGGAGGGCAAGUACCUCAUCCUCAAGGACCCCAACAAGCAGGUCAUCCGCGUCUACAGCCUGCCCGACGGCACCUUCAGCUCCGACGAGGACGAUGAAGAGGAGGAGGAGGAGGAGGAGGAAGAGGAAGAGGAAGAAGCUUGAACCAGUGACGUGCGCCUGGAGGCCAGCUCCCCAGGCCUAAAGGGCCUUCGCGUGUGCAGCAACGGGGCUCUGGCGCCUGCUUCCUGGUGCUGGACAGAUUGGAAAGGUGUAAUAAAGCCCAAGUGUCGCA